AUGGGUAUUCUGGAGAAAAUUGCCGAAAUCGAGCAUGAAAUCUCAAGAACACAGAAAAACAAAGCCACUGAGUACCAUCUGGGUUUGCUGAAAGCAAAACUUGCGAAGUAUCGCCAACAGUUGCUUGAACCAACGGGAAAAGGAGGAGCCAAAGGAGAAGGUUUCGAUGUAAUGAAAAGUGGAGAUGCCAGGGUGGCAAUGGUAGGAUUCCCGUCUGUUGGAAAAUCCACACUCUUGUCGUCGAUGACGUCCACACAUUCGGAAGCCGCUGGAUAUGAGUUCACAACUCUCACAUGUAUUCCUGGAGUCAUCUCAUACAACGGAGCAAACAUCCAAUUACUCGAUCUUCCCGGAAUCAUUGAAGGUGCCUCUCAAGGAAAAGGAAGAGGUCGACAAGUUAUUUCGGUUGCAAAAACUUCGGACCUGAUUCUUAUGAUGUUGGAUGCUGGAAAAAGUGAUCAACAGAAAAUGCUGUUGGAGAGAGAAUUGGAAGCAGUCGGUAUUCGUCUGAACAAAAAACCACCGAAUAUCUAUGUGAAGCAAAAGAAAGUCGGAGGUGUUAAAUUUACAAAUACAGUUCCAUUGACACAUUGCAACGAAAAGCUUAUUAUGCAUGUCUUGCACGAGUACAAGAUUUUCAACGCUGAUGUUAUUUUCCGAGAGGAUUGCACCAUUGACGAGUUCAUCGACGUUGUCCAAGGCAACCGUGUUUACAUGACUUGCCUAUAUGUCUACAAUAAGAUCGAUCAGAUUUCGAUUGAGGAGAUCGAUCGAUUAGCCAGAAUGCCUCACCACGUUGUCAUCUCGUGUGAAAUGAACCUGAAUAUGGACUACCUGUUAGAAAAGAUUUGGGAAUAUCUCGCAUUGGUCCGAGUGUACACUAAAAAACCAGGAAAUGCUCCUGAUCUUGGACCCGAAGAUGGUAUUAUUCUCCGUGGAGGAGCUACUAUUGAACAUUGUUGCCACGCUCUCCAUCGGUCUAUUGCCUCUCAACUUCGAUAUGCUAUCGUGUGGGGAACUUCGACAAAAUUCUCACCUCAGCGCGUCGGUCUAACUCACAAACUUGACCACGAAGACGUUGUUCAGAUUGUGAAAAAAUAA